AUGGCGUCCGAGUCAGAGCCAUUGAUCAAUCCCAAUCCCAAGCUCCAAUCCUACUACAACACCUUCGAGUCGAGAAUUGGUUAUAAGCUGUUCCUCGGCGACACGCGCCAUUUUGGCUACUACGAACAUGACACACGAUGGCCAUUCCCAAUUGGCCGCGCUCUCCGGCGCAUGGAGGACAAGCUUGGUGAGGCGCUGAACCUCCCUCCCGGGGCCCAAGUUCUCGACGCGGGCUGCGGUGUCGGACACGUCGCGAUACGAAUGGCUACAAAGUUCAAGUACCGCGUGCAAGCAUUCGACGUUGUCCCCCAUCACGUUGCCAAAGCCAAGCGCAACGUUGCCCGUGCUGGCUUGCCCGACGGCCAGGUCAGCGUGCGGCGGAUGGACUAUCAUCACCUUGAGUCUUUGGAUGACCAGUCUGUCGAUGGCAUCUACACCAUGGAGACGUUCGUGCAUGCUACAGACCCAAAGGGCGUCCUUGCUGGCUUCUACCAAAAACUUCGUCCCGGUGGCCACAUCGCGCUCUUCGAGUAUGACCACGAGUUCAUUGACAAUUCCACCGAUGAGAUGGCCAACUCGAUGCGCAAGAUCAAUGACAUUGCUGCCAUGCCAACAAAUGAUCUAUCACACCCUGGUGUCUUCAAGGACAUGCUUGAGGAGGCCGGCUUUACCGAUGUCGUUGUGAGAGACUACUCGGACAAGAUAAAGCCUAUGACACGACUGUUCUACUUGGUCGCCUACAUUCCGUGGCUAUUCGUCACUUUGUUGGGCUUGGAGAAACACUUCAUCAACACAGUGGCCGGUGUGGAGUCAUAUCGGGGCCACGGACGUUGGCACUAUGUUGCUAUCUCGGCCAAAAAGCCCGGAGACAAGAUUGAGAGCCCGAAGGAACGAUAA